CCGGGCAGCGGAGCCGCUGCUCCCCGCGCUAGUCGCCGCGGCGCGGGAGAGAGCGCCGGCCGCGCGAUGCGGCCCCUGGACAGCUCCGGGGCAGCCGAGGUGCCAGAGCCCGGGCUGCGGCUGACCGACGACGCGCCGCAGAGCGCGAUCGAGGAGCCCUCGGCGGCCGAGGCAGCGGGGACGCCCGGUACCGGGAGGUGCUGGCUGUUCGGCUCCUCGCCGUGCGGCUUGUGUGCUCCGCAGGAAGCCAAGAAGAAAGCACCCUGUCCUGGACUUGGCUUGUUUUAUACAUUAUUGUCCGCCUUCCUUUUCUCAGUGGCCUCUUUAUUUGUUAAAAAAGUGCAAGACGUCCAUGCUGUAGAAAUUAGUGCAUUCCGAUGUGUGUUCCAAAUGCUAGUCAUUAUCCCUUGCUUAAUAUACAGAAAAACUGGGUUUAUAGGCCCCAAAGGUCAACGAAUUUUCCUCUUGCUCAGAGGAGUCCUGGGUUCAACGGCCAUGAUCCUACUGUACUACGCUUUCCAGGCCACAUCUCUCGCCGACGCCACUGUCAUCACGUUUAGCUCGCCCGUGUUCACGUCUAUCUUUGCUUGCAUAUUUCUCAAGGAGAAAUACAGCCCUUGGGAUGCCCUCUUCACCGUCUUCACCAUCACCGGCGUGAUCCUUAUCGUGAGGCCCCCGUUUCUGUUUGGCGCCAGCGCCGCAGGCGGGGGCGAGAGCUACUCCCUUCACCUCAAGGGCACGAUCGCAGCGGUGGCGCACGCUGUGUUCGGCGCCCUGACCCUGGUCAUCCUCAGAAAGAUGGGGAAGUCCGUGGACUACUUCCUGAGCAUCUGGUAUUACGUCAUCCUCGGGCUCUUAGAGAGCAUCAUCAUCCUUUUCAUCAUCGGGGAAUGGAGUCUGCCGUACUGCGGCUUGGACAGGCUGUUUCUCAUCCUCAUCGGCCUGUUUGGUUUGGGGGGUCAGGUGUUUCUCACGAAAGCCAUCCAAAUAGAAAAAGCAGGGCCAGUGGCAAUAAUGAAGACUAUGGACGUGGUCUUCGCUUUCAUCUUCCAGAUUAUUUUCUUUAACGAUAUGCCCACGUGGUGGACGGUGGGCGGGGCUCUGUGCGUCAUAGCCAGCAGCACCGGCGCGGCGGUGCGGAAGUGGUGCCAGGGUUCCAAAUGAGGCUUUGCCGCCACGCGCACGGUCCCCGGGCAGACACGCCACGCGUGCACACAGUUGGAAAGUCCGCAUUUCCUUCACUGGUCAUACUUAAUAAAUUUCGUAAUUAAAGUACUAGUUUUGAAUAUGGUAUGUCUUUAAUUAGCUAAGAAUUUAGCCAGUCAGUGUGGUAGCAAUUUUUUUCUUAAUUGUUUUGGUUUUGGUUUCG